AUGGCGUCUUUUUUGCGGAAGGUACCCUGGUCCAGCCGAGUAUGGAAACCCCUGACUUUUCCGAACCCUGAUUUCUUACGCAUUCCACCUGGCGAAAGAGUAGAGGAGGAGCUCUUCCCAGACUACAAAGCAUCGCGGUACUACCCAGUCAUCAUCGGCCAGGUCCUCAAGGAUCGCUAUCAGAUUGUAGGAAAGCUAUGCUUUGGUGCCAGCUCAGCUGUUUGGUUGGCGCGCGACCUAGAGGGUUGUCGACAUGUGGCACUGAAGCUUUUCAUUCACUCACAGUCUAUGGGCGAACAAUUAGAUCGCGAGGUGUCUAUAUACAGGCGAAUUUCUAAUGCUUCUUCGACGCAUCCUGGUCGCGGCGCAGUCAGGGAGCUUCUCGACUCAUUCGAUAUCGCUGGACCAGAAGGAUCGCAUCGAUGCUUAGUGCAUCCUCCAUUGUGGGAAAACCUGCUGACUUUCCUUCACCGAAAUCCAGUUGGGAGAUUGCCCGUGCCCGUUCUCGCCUUUACCCUUCGGCGCAUGUUUCAAGCUUUGGACUUCCUACACACAGACUGCCAGGUUGUUCACACAGAUAUCAAGGCUGACAACAUCAUGUUCGGUAUCGAAGAUGAUUCCGUCUUCACAGCAUUCGAGGAAGAAGAGCUCAGCGACCCAUCUCCGCGGAAAACUGUGGAUGCCGUUGUUGGGGAAGUCGAACGCCUGGAGGACGUGCAACCGGAUAUCUACAGGGCACCCGAAGUCAUCGUCGAAGCACCAUGGUCCUACUCAAUCGAUAUAUGGAACACGGGCUGUGUGAUCUGGGACCCAUUCGAAGGGGGUCACCUGUUUACAGGGCACGAUCCAGAGUCCGAGAGAUACCGUAGCCGAGCGCACCUUGCAGAGAUUAUUGAUCUUCUUGGACCACCUCCACAGACGCUGCUGCAAACGGGCAGGUCGAGCCACAAAUUCUUCACGGAUACCGGAUGUUAUUUCGCUACAGGGGACCUACGUGGCGCCGACGCGGGGCUGCUGGCUGGUGCGUCACUUGAGGAAAUGGAGUCUUCCCUCGAGGGUGACAGUCAGUAA